GUCUCUUUCAGAAUUUGCUCACUGAUUUGGCGGUCAUUUUACAGAGAUUUUAAAACAUCUUUAUACUUCAAAACAUGGCUUCUGCUUCCGAUCCUAAACGACAACUUAAAAUCAAGACUGGAGUAGUAAAGAGAUUAGCCAAGGAAAAGCAGAUGUAUGAAAAAGAAGUUAAAGAUCAGUCAGCCAAAGUUGAAAAAAUGAAGGCAGAUGAGAAAGAUGAAUAUGAUAUAAAGAAACAGAUCGAAGUACUUGAGGAGUCCAAGACCAUGAUUCCAGACUGUAAAAGACGGCUCAAGACUGCUUAUGAUGAUUUAACAAAUCUUGUGGCAGAAACAGAGGAAGAAUUUGGUACGACAGAGGAAUACAAAAUGGCCAAGGAAAUCUUGGAAAAAACUGUUCUAGAAGAUUGAGAAUUGAUGUACUUAGUGGAACUUAAUCAUUCAGACAAACAAAUAAAAUAAACAUGUGAUUCCUUGGAUGUUACAUGUAACAAGGUGCAUUUAUUAGUUACACUUUUUAAUUCUUUAUAUUAUUUGUGUGUGAAAAGAUAUAAAUGAACCCUGUAGCUUGAGACCAAUAAUUCUUUUAAUUUUCCAAGACAUCUUGAUUAAACUUAAGAGAAUGAAAAGUUUGACAUGAACAGGUGUGUGACAAAUUUUGCUGUGAACAAAUCUUGUUUUAAAUGUUAGAAAA